CCGCUGAUUGGCUGGCCCGGGCCUGACACUCCGAUGUUUCUGCCUCAGGCCAUGACGCUGGGUCGUAUCACAAAAAAAGACAAGACUCCGAGAGGGAAAUUAUGACCACGUCUACUCGUUUGAAUUACUAGAACCAGUCCAACCCCUCCCUCCAGUCUUCUCAGGCCAGAUUACUGCAGAAUGGCAGACCCCAACAGCACCAAGAUCUCGUCCUCGGGCAUCACCACCGACGCCGUGACGGGCGAGCGCUACAUCCCCUCGUCCAUCCGGGCAGACGGGUCGAAACGCCGUGAGAUCCGUGUCCGCCCCGGAUAUCGUCCUCCCGAGGAUGUCGAACUGUACAAGAAUCGAGCAGCGGAAGCGUGGAAGAACAGAGGGAAAGGUGGCGUGCCGGGUGCGGAGGGGUUGAGCCCCAGUGAGGAGGGAGGCGGCGGCGGCAGCGGCGGCACAGCAGCCAGCAACAAGAACGCCAAACGCCGGGAGGCACGGAAGAAGGCCAAGGCUGAGGAGGAGAAGAGCUCCGAGCAGCAGAAGCCGCCGCCGCCGCCGCAGCAGCAAACCCCCACCGAACGUCGGGCGGAGACCGCCACGAACUGGCGCAGCACAGAGGGGCAUAACAACCAGCAAGCUGAACCCGCGGCGGUGGACCCGGAGGUGGAAAAGGAGAAGAAGGCACGGAACCUGAAGAAGAAGCUCCGACAGGCGCGUGAGCUGCGCGAGAAGAAGGAUUCGGGGGAGGCCUUGCUGCCCGAGCAGCUGGAGAAGGUCAUCAAGAUCAACGAGUUGGUCAGGCAGCUCGACUCUUUGGGCUUCGACUCGAACGGGGAGAAGAAAGUCUGAAGGCAGACAAGAUACCGUUGUUUGACAAGAGAAAGAAAAAAAAGGUAAAGAUACGACUGGAAACUAUGACGACUCCGUUAUUAUGAGUGUAUCCGACGAUGCCAGCAAGCACGAAAGAGAACCGAAAACAGUCCUUCUGCGAGACAGCAGGAAUAUCAAGUCCGACUGGUUCGGCAGACGAAACAAAAGACCCAUAGGGAUCUCUGUUCUAACGGCAUCGCAUUCAAACGUGGACGAAGGGGGCCACGAGUAUUCUUAUCCAACAGAUCGGCUGAAAAGUCGAUUCCAAGCGGCUUGGGGAUGUAAACCAGAGGGGAAGCAAUGUUAGAAUACUGUAUGGAUUCGACAGAGGCCAUGGUAGCCAACUAUUUGAUAUCAUUCAUAUCCACAAGUCAGAAAAUGGAGUCACGAUCGAUAACUACCAAACGAC